GCCAAACACCGUCAAACAAGAAGAACAAAAACAUAAACAAUAUUCUAAAGAAUUCAUUACACUUCAGAAAACACUGGCAGUUGUCACAAAUGGAUUUAAACAAAACGCCUGCAAAGGUUCAAAGUGAGCGUGCAUGCUUGUGUGUUCUCUGCGGUUUACCGGCAUCAGGAAAAUCAACACUCGCUCAGGCUGUCAAGACUCUGACUGGUCAGCAACACUGGAGAUCAUCGGUUAUAUCUUAUGAUAAUCUGAUUCCAGAUUAUGCUUUUCAUUCCAAAACAGUCGAGGGUUUUGAAGACACGGUACAGAGGCAAACUAAAUGGAGGUUGUACAGGCAAGCAAUUCUACAAUGUGUCGAGCAUAUACUGCAGAAUCCUCAAGCCUUGGAGCUGCCACCCACCACCUGCUAUAUCAACAGUUUUGCUUGGAGACAAUGUGUUUAUGCGGUAAGGGCUACAGAGGGCUCCAACACCCACCAAACACCACUCAUCCUUCUACUGGAUGACAACUUCUACUACCGAAGCAUGAGAUAUGAAGUUUAUCAACUGGCAAGAAAGUACUCCAUUGGAUUUUGUCAGGUGUAUCUGCACUGUCCAGCGGAAUCAUGCAUAGACAGAAACCAAAGACGACCCCAGGCCUUACCCAAUGAAGUCAUCGUUGCGAUGGCCCAGCGCAUGGAGCCUCCCAAUCCUGAGAAGAAUCCAUGGGAGCAGAGCAGCAUCUCACUGGACACCAAAGACGGCUUCACAGACAAGGCCUUACAGAAGUUGAAGGAGCUUAUCUCUAUAGCUCUAGACAACCCACUGAGUCCAGUUCAGGACAACACAGAACAAAAGGUGGCAGAUCGUCUAAUCUGUGCCAACAGUGUCGUUCAUAAAUCUGACCAGGCUUGUCGACACCGGGUAUCUCAGGCCAUGCAGAAGGCAAGAGAGAACAAGAUGUCUCCAGAUCAUAUGAGGUCUCUAGCAGCAGAGUUGAAUAACUCAAAGACAACAUUUCUUCAAAACCUGCGAAAGAAAGUUCUUCAAGACCUACCUAUCACCCCACGGGAAACCAUAGAUGGAGAGAGUGUGGCAAAAAGAGCACUGGAUGAUUUUGAUCAAGAUACAAAGGAAAUCAUGGCAAGAUUCCUUCUGAAUUAAACAAAUGCCACAGGAAAAGUAUUAAAACCCCAUCAUUGAUAAUUAUUAGUUUAUGAUUAA